AUGGCGCGCCUCAUGCCGUCCAUCCUGCUGCUGCUGGCUUCGCCCAGCCUGGCUUACAAGCCGCUGUCGGACAGUUUCCUGCAGCAGACGCCCUCCUUCUCGGACGCCGACCUGGACACCGACCUGGUCGCGCCGCUGCUGCGACUGCCCUCGCGAGCGGCCGGCACGCCCGGUCAUGCGGCCGCCCAGGCACAUCUAGCCGGCUUCUUCGCGACCGAGCUGCCGGCAUGGACGAUGGAGUGGCAGAACAUCACCGAGGCGGUCAACUCCACCGGCCACACCGCCCAGCAUCUCGUCUUCCGCCGCGAGCCGCCCUGGACGCGGCCAGGCCAGGCCAACCUGCUGACCCUGGCCGCCCGCUACGACGCGUCCGGCCCGGCUGCUGCUGUCGCCUGCGCACUGCUGAUGCACGCCGCCCGCAGCGUCGACCGCUUUACCGCCCAGAUGUACCGUGAAAUGGAGGAGCUGGGCGAGGGCGGCACCGUGGCCAUGGACAUGGGCAUGCAGCUCGUCUUUCUCGACGGCGGCCGCUCUGCAUCCUCUGCAUCCGCAGGGCCCGCCUCUCUGGCUGCCGCCUGGGAAAACGCCACCAAUCCGGCCCUGCCUGCGUCCUCCUACGGCUACCCCAACCGGCUCAACCAGAUCAGCCUGCUCGUCUUGCUCGACGGCCUCGGCAUUCAGAGCGUCCGUGGCCCUGGCUUCAGUCCCGAUCCCGUGCCCUCCCGCUAUCCCACGACCCAUUGGACCUACCGCGCCGCCGCCACGAUCGAGCGCCGUCUGCGCAGCCUCGACCUGCUCGAGGGCGACUCGUCUGCCGACCAGCCCCUUCUUCCCGACGACCAGACGCCCGUCCUGCAGUCAAUUCUCGCCGCCAGCCGUCGUGCUGGCAGCCUGGCCACCAGCUCGGACUACCUGCCCUUUAUGCGGCGCGGCGUCUCUGUGCUGCCGCUGAUGCCAGACCGAAUCGACCAAGGGUAUGGCAACAACAGCAGAAGCAGCAGCAAUGGCACAACACCUGUGGUGGACUACCCGACCGCCAUUGACUGGUCGCGCAUCGUGACGGCCUUUGUGCUCGAGUGGCUCGACAUGAUGGAGGUCGAACCGGUCCCGUAG